AUGAUAUACCAGAACUUGUUUGAUCUACUAUUGAAGAGGGACUUUGCGGUGUUUUACGAUACUAUACAACGCAUGAGCUCCGAAAGACUAGUCAGCCAGAGGUUCGUGAAAUCCAUUCAAACCGUCCAAACAAGCUCAAAGCAUAACGAUGACAUGUUCAAGCAAAUUGCUGAGCAAUUUAUUAUAGAGGUCGGCUCAGCUGGCGAACCCUUCAUAGCCGCCUCGUUUGCGGUUCAGUUACUUGAGGGCAAGGUCUUUUUGGAUUCCAAUGUCAUGGAGCGCCUAGUCUUGACACUUGCAGAAUUGUCAUCCGAGCCUUCAUUCAUGGCGUACACUAUUCACAAACUCUUCAAACUAUACGGACACAAGAACGUAUCUGCUGCUACAAAGCUUGGUGCCAUCAAUGGCAUGUUGAAAGAGCCCUACAUCCCAUUUUAUGCCAACCAUCUUUACGACACCAUCAAGCCGCUGAUGCUGGGAAAUGAACGUCUUGCGCCCGUGCUCAUCAAUCUCAUAUCAGCCAACACAGAGAAGGGACACCUUUGUCGGACCAUUGAUUUGUGGAAGGACCUUCGAGAACUUUUCCCUGAAGUUGCCGCUACAAACACAUCACUCAUUGAAAAAAUUGCAUUGAGGAUAGCCGAGGAGGACGUUGGGAGGGCGGCUGACUUUCUUGAAACUAUUCCAGAGGAGGCCAAGUGCACUUCCGGGCUUCUUGAAACCUCAAUUAGCAUUGUGGGAAGGUGCCAGAACAGGUAUGACGAUUUCACAUAUCUUUCAAAGCACCUCACUGCACCACUUUCCAGAAAAGCGCUCUCGUCGCUUUUUGUUUCAUUUUUGCAUCAGAACAACGAAACUGCCUCUGACAAGAUGCUCAAGGCAAUUUUCAAAACACCCACGGGAUUGAACCCCAAUGAUUUCGACGCAUUAAUCAGCAAACUUCUACGUCGUGGCAAGCUUGACAAAAGUUUAGAGAUGUGCUACAAUACCGAUGUCCAUAUCUCGAAACUCGGCUACUUGAGGGUUUUGGAUCACUUGCUUUUGCAAGGUAAUGUCAACCUCAAUGGGUUUUGUGAUCACUUUUGUCGCCAAUUCAAGAAGCUCAGUAAUACAGACACAGCAUUGCAUACCUUCACAACGACCAUGUUCCGUCACUUUUCCAAACGCAUAAAGAAUAGCGUGAGCAGAACGCUUUACAUCUCAAAGGCCUACAAGGACGCUUUCCACAAAGAAGCAGGAUUCAAUUUCCGAAAGCUCGACUUGCCUACAAAGUUCAACGACUUCAUUCUCAUAGACGACCAGAAUCGGAUUGCAUGUUUGAACAUCAUAUACAAGCAAGCAAUCUCCGAGCAGGACCAGGUCAACAUCAAGUGGUGCCUUGACGAGCUCAAAUCGUUAGGAGUAUCACUGGGUGAUAUCAUAGCACAUUAUCUCAAGAUCUGA